UCCCACAGUCGCUUGAAGGCAGCGCAAUGUUCAUUACGCCACCUGGCGGCUGUACGGUGUACCGAACUGAUGGUGGCUACCUUGACACACCGGACACAGCUGUGGGAAACUAAACAACCCUUUACACUGUCUGUGGAGAGUCAACGUUUCAGCAGCUGUAGUUGUUUUUCAGUUCGUACGGUUUGUGUUCUGGCGUCACAGUAUUGUUCUUCUGCUUGUUAUGGCUUUGUGCCGCAGCUGAAACUAAACAACGUCCGGCUAAUGUUGCUAACAGCUCGUGUCCUGAGAGUUGCAGCCGUGCAUUCCAAAAAGGAAGACCAGUAUUUCACCAUGAGCUCAGACAAUGGUGACUUGGAGAACCAGGCUGAACUGGAAGAGAAGACAAGACUCAUCAACCAGGUCCUGGAGCUUCAGCACACUUUAGAGGACCUGUCUGCCCGGGUGGAUGCUGUCAAAGAGGAGAACCUCAAACUGAAGUCGGAGAACCAGGUUCUGGGCCAGUACAUUGAGAACCUCAUGUCUGCCUCCAGUGUCUUCCAGACCACUGACACCAAGACCAAACGAAAGUAAGAAACCCCCCACUCUGCCCGCCCUCAGCCCCUAACCUGAACCCAACACCUGAUCCUAAACCAGCCUGAAGACUGGACUCUGGUAUCAGCAUCAUGAACCCUGAAUUACUGCUGAAGCCUGAAACAUGUUCCUGGUUCUGUCUGUGUGGGUGUUUGUCCUGACCUCCAUUUGAGAAUAUUGCAUUUAUCAAAUGUGUUCAGAAAACAAAAGAAAUCCCCAACUAAGCCUGUUGUUUUAAUCAAGGAAAGUCAGUCUGAAAACAAAGACCCAGCAUUCAGCAGAGAAGCUCCGCUUUACUCUGUGAUCUGUGAAUACUGUAAAACUCCUUCUUGCAUCUGUAUGCAAAUAUUUAAUCAGUCCCAGGACCCCGAGGACUCCUUCUGAGCAACAAAAAAUCUGAACUCGAUACCCACUUCCACCAGUUACAAACCUCCAGUGGUGAAGUGAUACAAGAGUACAAGCUCUUGUAUUUUGAAGCACAUUAUAUGUAAACUGUGGUUGUUGGUUAAAACUGGACUGAUGAACUACUGUUAGCACGAAAAAGA